UCCUAGAUUGGAUCAGCCUAUGUUCAGAUUUGAUCGACUGGGACCCCUUGUUCAAAAGGGAGGAUCAUCACUUGGAAUCUGUAUGGCUUUUCUAUUUUUCGGUUGGUGUGUUCAGGUGUUUCUAAUAAUUUCUUUGCCUAUUUUAUCAUUAGGGAAGCAAAAAUGGUUAUCCUUCCCCCCGUCAGGCCACCUCAGAUCACAAAGUUUCUCAAACCAUAUGUCUUGAAGAUGCACUUCACCAACAAGUUUGUGAGCGCCCAAGUAAUACACUCGCCUACAGCUACAGUGGCUUCGUCUGCAAGCUCACAGGAAAAGUCUUUGAGGUCAAGCAUGGAAAAUACUCGUGAUGUUGCAGCUGCAGCAAAGAUUGGGAAGCUCUUGGGGGAGCGCCUGCUGCUCAAGGGAAUACCUGCAAUUUCUGUUUUCUUGAAGAGAGAACAGAAAUAUCAUGGUAAAGUGAAGGCUGUGAUUGAUUCUGUUAGGGAGGCUGGUGUCAAGCUUAUUUGAACUCUCUGAACUUUACCCUCAUAUUGGUUGUGAACAUUCCUCGCUGUUGUUUGUGCGACAAAUUUUCCAACCAUUCUUCUUGGUUCACAAUUUUUGCCAGAUUUGGAAGUAGCUUGAUUUU